CUGAUCCCCUUUCCCGUCUCCGCACCGCACACGCAUCGAGCGGCUCGGCGGCUCCGUCUCAUGAGAGCCGUCGCUGCUGCCGCCUCGCCCCCGCUCCGCGCCCUCCUCCUCCUCUCCCGCCACCCACGCCGCGCAGGCUUCACCAACUGGCCGUCGCUGCCUAGGGGCCAGAACGCAGGACCCACAGCCCCGCCGGCCGCCACCGCCCCCAAGCCUGCUGCGCCGUCCAGGAGGCAAGGCCGCGGCCUCACUGCCAGCCUGCCUCGCCAAGUCGCCCGGAUCUCGACGCCCCACCUGCGGCCGCCGGCGACCCCGCCAAGGUGCCCUGACAGACGCCAUCAGAGCCACGGAGUUCGUGCGCUGGCUGGUUGUCCGCGGAAGACGGUCCGCCACCUCCCUGCUCCAACCUCGCACCUCCGGUUCACCAUGAACCCUUCGUCGUCCUCCUCCUCCUCUGGCGGGUACCACUCCAGGGCCGCUGCCUUCGCUUCCCCGCAGCCACGCGGCGGUGGCGGCAGACGGCGUGGUGGCGGCCGCGGCCAAGACGGGAGCGACCGCAUCGACGCCCUUGGCCGCCUGCUGACGAGGGUGUUGCGCCACAUGGCGGCGGAGCUGCGCCUAGAUAUGAGGACCGAUGGAUACGUGCGCGUCCGCGACCUGCUGAAGCUCAACCUUCAGACCUUCGCCAAGGUCCCUCUCAAGUCUCACACUGUUGACGAGAUCAGGGAGGCAGUCAGGCGGGAUAACAAGCAGAGAUUUAGUCUGUUGGAGGAAGAUGGCGAGCUGUUGAUCCGGGCGAACCAGGGACACACAGUAACAACUGUCACAUCAGAGAGCCUGCUGAAGCCCAUUUUGUCCCCUGAUGAAGUGUCAGUUUGUGUGCAUGGAACUUACAGAAAAAAUCUUGAUUCGAUUUUGCAAUCUGGGCUAAAGCGGAUGGCAAGGUUACAUGUACAUUUCUCAAGUGGCUUACCAUCAGACGGAGAAGUAAUCAGUGGUCUACUCCUCUGGUGGGUAAGUUGGGUGCUUGACAGUGGAUGUACAAAUCACAUGACCGGGGAGAAAGACAUGUUUCAUACAUUGCAACUAACUCAAGAAGCACAAGAAAUUGUUUUUGGAGAUAGUGGCAAGAGUAAGGUGAUUGGUAUUGGUAAAAUUCCUAUCUCUGACCAACAAUCACUUUCAAAUGUUUUAUUGGUAGAUUCUUUAAGCUAUAAUUUGUUGUCCGUUUCACAACUUUGUGGAAUGAGUUAUAAUUGUUUAUUUUCAGAUGUGGAUGUGAAGAUCCUUAGAAGGGAGGACUCCUCAGUUGCCUUUACCGGUCGCUUGAAGGGCAAGCUUUAUCUUGUUGAUUUCACAACAAGUAAAGUGACGCCUGAGACUUGUUUAGUGGCAAAGUCCGACAAGAGUUGGCUAUGACAUCGCCGGCUAGCCCAUGUCGGUAUGAGGAAUUUGACCAAACUUCAAAAGGAUAAUCACAUCAUUGGACUAACAAAUGUUGUAUUUGAGAAAGAUAGGGUUUGUGGCGCAUGCCAAGCAGGAAAGCAACAUGGAGUCCCACAUCAAUCAAAGAAUGUGGUCACAACAAAGAGGCCAUUGGAGCUUCUUCACAUGGACCUCUUCAGACCUGUGGCCUACAUUAGCAUUGGUGGUAGUAAGUAUGGUUUAGUCAUUGUUGAUGAUUUUUCUCGAUUCACCUAGGUUUUUUUAAGUGAUAAAGGUGAAACUCAAGAAAUAUUGAAGAAAUUCAUGAGGAGAGCUCAAAAUGAAUUUGAGCUCAAAAUCAAGAAAGUGAGAAGUGAUAAUGAGACGGAAUUCAAGAACACAGGUGUCGAAGAAUUCUUAGGAGAAGAGGGAAUCAAGCAUGAGUUCUCGGUGCCUUACACUCCACAACAAAAUGGUGUUGUGGAAAGAAAGAACCGAACUCUAAUUGAAGCUGCAAGAAUCAUGUUGGAUGAGUACAAGACACUUGACAACUUUUGGGCAGAGGCGGUCAACACCGCCUGUCAUGCAAUCAACCGUCUCUAUCUUUAUAAGAUCUACAAAAAGACUGUUUAUGAGCUUCUCACUG